GUGCGUGUUCAUUUUAUUUUCCUGUCCUGUCCACGACCACCAUUUUGUUUGCGUCUAAGCUUCAGUGGCGUGUGCGUGUAGAACUAAUAGAUUUUUUAAUUUUUAAUUAUUAAUAAACAAUAGUAGUGAUAAACUUGAUUUCCGAUCCUUUUAAAAAAGAAUGCAGAUGCAAGGAAUGAACAAUUAUGGAAAUCAGAGAGGGUUUGGUGGACCACCGCAACCUCAAAGACAGGGUGGGCGACGAGGUAAUAAUAGAGGUGGUUUUCGUAACUCGAGAUUUGAACACAACAAUCAGAGAAACUCUAAUCAAGGCAAUCAAAACCAGGGAUCAGGAGGUCAACGUCCUAGUAAUGAGCCUGUGAAGUCAGCCCAACAACCACCACAACAAAAACCUCAGGAGUCACAACCAAGUCCACAACCCCAAAAGACUCCUGUGACUCAGCAAACUCCUCAACAACAGCCAAAAUCGGUUCCGCCGAAACCACAGCAGCAGCCGCAGCAGCAACAACCACCUCAACAACAGCAGCAGCCAAAGCAACAACCACCACAACAGCAGCAACAACAAAAACCACAAAAUGCUCCACUCAAACAGGAAUCACAGGAUAAAGUUGACAAUGUGCAAAAUAUGGACCAGAAAAAUCAAAUUCAAAAUCAAGGCAAUCAAAAUCAGCAACAGAAGAAUAUGAAUGGUGGUAACUUUGGAGGUAACAAGCAAGGAGGAUCCUGGUCCCAAGGAGGGCCUGGUAACAAACAAGGAGGAAACUUUAAUCAAGGUGGUAACUUCCAAGGUGGUCAAGGAGGCGGUAAUUUUCAAGGUGACCGUGGUAAUUUUCAAGGUGACCGUGCUAACUUUCAAGGUGACCGUGGUAAUUUUGGUGGUCAGGGUGGCAACUUUGGUGGCCAGGGGAAUAGACAGUUUGGUCAAAAACAAGGCGGUGGUCCUGGGCCAGUGAGAAAUCAUCAGCAACGAGGCAACCCUCGUGGAGGUCCUCCCCAAGAUGGCAAACCUGUACAGAGAGAAGAGCUGAUGCUUGCUAACAAGCUAAAGGAUUUAGUUGGACCACUUAUUGACUUACCAACAAUAGAUCAGUCAGAAGUGAAAUUUAAUGGUAGAAGCAGAUUGUAUAUUGGAAAUCUUACCAAUGAUGUGUCUGAAGAGGAAAUUCUCAACCUCUUUGCACCUUUUGGUGAAUCAGCUGAAUUAUUUAUAAAUAAAGAGAAGGGUUUUGGAUUUAUAAAGAUGGACUACAGAGUUAAUGCAGAAAGAGCAAAGCGAGAACUGGAUGGUAAAAUGAGAAAUGGUAAAACACUAAGAGUAAGAUUUGCCCCACACAACAGUGCUAUACGUGUUAAAAAUUUGCCACCAUUUGUAUCAAAUGAGCUUCUUUACAGAGCUUUUGAGAUUUUUGGCAAAAUUGAAAGAGCCUAUGUGAAAGUAGAUGAGCGUGGAAAGACCCUUGGAGAGGGAGUUGUUGAGUAUUCACGUAAACCCAGCGCAUUAGCUGCUAUUCGCAAUUGUACUGAAAAAUGUUUCUUCCUUACUUCGUCACUUCGUCCAGUGAUUGUUGAGAACUUUGAGGAACCUGAUGAAAUGGAUGGGUACCCUGAAAAAAAUUUGCCUAAGAAACAUCCUGAAUUUUUGAAGGCUCGUGAGCAUGGUCCUCGUUUCUCUGAGUCUAAUAGCUUUGAACACGAGUAUGGCACUAGGUGGAAGCAGCUUCAUGAAUUGCAUCGCCAAAAGGAGGAUGCUCUCAAAAAAGAACUUGCUGCUGAGGAAGAGAAAUUGGAAGCACAAAUGGAAUAUGCCAAAUACGAGCACGAGACGGAGAUGCUCCGCGAGCAGUUGCGUCAGCGCGAGCAGGACCGCGAGCGUCAGAAGCGCAGCUGGGAGAUGGCCGAGCGCGCGGCCGACGAGAGGCGCGAGGCGGAGCGCGCCCAGCUGCUGCGCCAGGAGGAGGAGCUAUCCCAGCGCAUGCGGCACCAGGACGACGAGCUGCGGCGCCGGCAGCAGGAGAACACGCUGUUUGUGCAGGCACAGAGACUUAACUCGCUCCUGGAUCGUCAAGAACAGGGCAUGUUUGAUCAGCAGCAGCCAAUGGAUGGAGGCUUCAGAGACCAGUACGACAUGCCACGUGGAGGCUAUGACGACAUGCCGCAGAAUCGUGGUUGGGAAGGGCCCCGACAGAUGGAUGAUUUCCCUAACAAACGCCGUCGUUUCUAAACAAAAAAUAAUAAAUAUGACGUUACAAUCAGCGUACAGAGAUCUUUUAAAGUAUAUUUAUUUAAGAACUCACCAAUAACAAGUAUGAAUAACUAGAUCUUAUAAAUUUGUUCUAUUUAACACAAGAAACACAAACAAUUAUCAAUAGUCAUGUAGAUAUUUUUUAAAGAGUAGGUAGGCUUUGAAAAAUAUCCACAAUACAAGCGAUAAUUAUUUUAUCCCACGUGCAAUGGACUUGUUAUUAAUACUUGUAUAUUGAAACGUAUUAUUUUCGUCAUUAGUGUAGUUUUUAAUUGAUUAAUUAUGUAGGUAGGUAGUAAGGAAGUAUGUAAGGAAUAUUCACAAAUUUUUAAUUUAUGAGGAACAAAUUUUUUUAAAUUAUUUUGUCGUAAAUAUAAACUUAAUAAAUUCAAAAGCGAAAUGUAGAUAUGCUGUUAACUACAAACUACUUACAAUACAGCUUUUUUAUUAAUGGCUUAGGAAUAUUCACCGAUCGGGUAACCGAAAGCGAAUUGAACAUCAUUUUGUAUUUAUUAUCUGCUUGAAGAUUAGUAAAUUAAACAUCUUAAAGUGACUUGUAAGGAUAGAGUAUAAUUUAAAAAAAGUAACUUGUAUACUGUACAAUAAACUCCCUCGCCCGUUUACAUUGAAAAUCCGAUAGCAUAGAUCAUCAUAGUAACAAAAAAAAAAUAUUUAGAAAUAUGUGUAAAUUUUUAUAUAUAUCGCUAAUAAUACAGUAUGUAAAACUAUUUUCACCCCACCGUAUAAUCAUCUACAUUUUUGCUCUUGUUCCAUAAC